CGCACAUGGGAAACCCACUUGAGUAGGCGACACAGUGUAAAGAAUGGCACCGUUUCAUAAAUUCGCUAAACAUAAAGGAAAACAAACCGCAGAGAAUGCAAAUCAGAUAAAAAGGCAAUCCUCGGAUUUGAACAAACAUAAACGCAAGUGGGUCCCGGAAGGCAAAGUAUUUGAUGGCAGUGUACAAGAAGGGCAGGGAUUUGCUUUCAAGAGGAAACAAAAAGCACAACAUGAAUACAAUAAACUGUUACGCAAGGAGAAGAGGUGGAAUCCGUUAAUGAAGAUGGAGUUUGAAGAGCACUACCCCGACCACUUGAAGCAUCUAUACCUGGCUGAGGCAGAGAAGCUUAGGAAAGAGGAUAAGAUCAGUAAACUGAGGAGGAUGAAGGUUAAUUCAGCUCAUUCAGAGGAAGAUGACUCUGUACCCGACACAUCCAUUAUGGACGCUACCCUCCCGUCUCCCUUGUCGUCCGUCCAUGAGGACAGUGCCAUGCCCUCUGCUCCCCAACACAUGGAAGAAGAGCCAUACAGAAAUAACCGGAGCAAGAAGAAAAUGAGAAAGCUGACAUCUUACCAGAAGACCAAAGAUAAAUAUGAGAGAAUCCAGGCAAAGCGUGCUAAGAAGAAAGAGGAGGCCUUGCGGAACAAGAGGCAGAGAGAAGAGGCCCUGAGAGUGUACAAGCAGAAGAAAAUGCAGACCUACCAGAUACUGAGCAAGAAGACCAAAAAGGGCCAGCCCAACCUGAACCUGCAGAUGGAGUACCUACUCCAGAAGAUCCAGAAUCAGACCAAGUGAGCAGGAAGAGGAAAUGGGUUGAAGGCAUUUUGAAAGGGUUACUUCCACCAUACUGGUGCUGGGCAACAGUACAUUGGACUCCUGUGGUGCUAGGCUGCCAUGCAAACAGGCCAUGCAAGGCCAGAUACAUGCAGAUCGAAAGCAAUUGCUGAAGCACACAGGAUGGGUUUAUAUCAUAAACACAAUGCAAGUAAAAAUCCAAUUUUGCAUGUCAACAUGCAACAUGGUGGAUGUAUUGGCAGGACAUGUUAAAUACUGAAGUUUUUAUUUUUAGAUUUUUUGCCUUAUUGUGUAGGAAUAAUUUUUAUUUUAUUCAUUUUGAU